GAUAGCCACCGGGCAAUGUGACCCUAACAGGACACCCCACUUCACAACGCGUACCAGAAGAGAACCACCCCUAGCUCGCACGCGACAACAUGACGUGAUAGAUGAGCGAGCGACUGUUUGGGUUCACGCGCAGUGAGCUGGUCGAGCACCACGGCUGGGUUUCUGACGUCGUCUUCGACAACCAGCAGGAGUUAGUAUGGGUAGCAGGACAGAAAGGUUAUGUGACCAGCUACUAUUCGUGUGGCUUACAACUCUACACUAAGUUCUUUGCUAAUGACGAGGUUGUUCAGCUGAUGCCUGUCCAGGCUGGCAUACUCAGCUUGUCCUCCAACAGGCUCAACCUACACACACGACAGGGGUUGUCCCAGCACUCGUUCACCUCUCCCAACAUGACCAAGAUGUGCUGCAUGUGCACGAACUCUAACUCUAACGAUGUUCUGAUUGGUGGCCACACUAAACACGUGACUAAGUACGAUCUGGGUAAACAGAAAGUGGUUAACGAGAUCGUGCUGGGAGAUGCUGGGUGUGUCAUCAUCAGAGAGACCACCAGUCUUUGUUGUUUUGGUUGUCCUGAUGGAGAUAUAGCCCUGUACGAUAAGAACACCUACAAGAAAGCCAGCAACAUCCCCGCACAUUCGGGCACCAUCUCCGACUUUGACAUCUGCGACAAUCUCCUUGUAUCCUGUGGGUUUGCGUCGCGCGGGAACGACAUGUCCGUGAAGCGCUCACUGCUUGUGUACGAUCUGCGCAUGAUGCGCAGCCUCAACGCAGUGCACUGCUCAAUAGAUCCGGUUCAGCUGAGGUUCAUGCCCAUGUACCACUCACAGGUCCUGAUCGCAUCACAGUCCGGGCAGUUCCAACAGCUGGAAGUAACAGCAACCCUUCCUCAGAACAAGUAUUUGUUUGAGGUGGAUUUAGCGGGUAGUUACUGUAAUGCCAUCGACCUUUCCUCCACAUCUAAAGCUCUAGCAAUCGGAGACUCAUCAGGAGUGUUACACUUACUAGCGUCUCAAGAAGGAACAGCUUUUAACUCCUUCUCACAACCCACAUACUUCCCUACAGAAAACAUGCUCAACUUCCCCAAAGUCAAUAUAGACGACUACAAUUUCCCGCUGGCAACUGUCCCGAUGCCUCACGCAACAGAGAGACUAUUGAGCGAAUGGCCCCCAGAGUUCAACAGAACCGGAGAUCGAAGGACAAAACCCAUUGACCCUGAAAUACUCCGCAAUAUGAAGAUGGUUGGGUUUGUCGGUGGCUACUCACCCAAUCCGCAUAACAUGUACAAGAACACUAUACCAUACGAUCUAAACUUACAGCGGGUUGAAGAGCUGAAGAAGAGAGAGGAAGUUGUCACCAAUAUACCCAGGGUUUAUCAGAGAAUAGACGUAGAUCCCACAUCCCUGACGGACUCAGAACUCCACAAUUACAACAGAACUAAAUUUAGCGUCUUCUACAACAACAAGGGGAAUACUUACAUCUGUACUGUCUUACAGAUGCUGUAUUACCUGGAGCCGAUAGCACUAGCCCUUAAAUCCCACAUCUGCCAGAAUACUGGAUGCUUGGCUUGCGAGCUGGGGGUCCUCUUUUACACGCUUGAUGUCUCUGAUGAUAAGAUCACUGACAUCGACAGUUUUAUUCAGGCGUUUGAGCAGCAGCCAGCAGCGAAGUACCAGGACUGGCAGCUGUACGAACGUCACCACGAGAAGAAGGAUUACUUACAACUGCCCCAGAGUUUACUAACUUUCUUACUCAGACACCUGCACGAGGAGAUACUGAGACCUCCCCAACCUACCAGCGCUAUCUACCUUACUUUCGGCAGCAAGGUAGGACACAGGACAACAUGUGCCACGUGUCAACAGUCUUGGUACAAUAAACCGAGCAUCAACCUCACCUACUCCCUCGAUUAUCCCAGAGAGGCUGGUGUCAAGAUCACAUUCGUUGACUUGUUAAAGAGGACGAUGCAAGCAGAGAACACAACACGACACAUCCUUUGUAACCGUUGUGGCAACUACACACCCUGUAGCGACAAGGCGGUACUCGAGUCUCUACCCUACAUUUUACAGCUUAAUUGUGGAAUGUCAACGAAUGACAGCGAGUUCUGGGCUAACCAAGUGAGCAUCCACAAAGAAGAGAACCACAAAAGCUGUCCUUCGGGGAAAAACUGCAACAACUCCGAAUGUAAGCUUAGUCACGGUGUGGGACAGAGCAGUUGGUUACCCCUCAAUUUCCAUAUCAAAGCUCCCAAUGAGCACGGAGCAUUGCAGUUCGCUAGAGGUCUACAUGACGACAAGGAGAACUCUAAGGACUCUAAUAUACACGUGUUUGAGUAUGAGUUGUGCUCUGUGAUCGCAAUGAUUGACGCUCCUACGUCACAAGGUCUAAUGUUACACUCGCUUGUGGGGAGGAACUACCAUCAGAGACAAGGUAUAGACGACUGUGCCUGGUAUCUGUUCAACGGCUGCUCUGCUAUCAGCACUCAUAACAAGGAAGCUACCAGUUUCGGACAGCCCUGGAAGACUCCGUGUACAAUAGUAUACAAACAAGUGAAACUUCCCAAGGAGCUCUUCAACCAUUCCACUCCAAACCCCCACGAACUUUUUACCCCUUUCAACAUUAUACCGGGUCCUAACCUGAUACCAUUAGCAUCUACAGAGAACAUCACAAAAGGAGAGCUGGUAGGAAUAGGGCUGUGUGUAGAGCCUGCUCCUAACUGCCUGUUAAGAGUGGUUUUAGUCAGAGGUCAGGGUGACCAGGAGGGUGUUCCUUUCAGUCACGAUGUCUGCCCGACUAACUACGCUCCUGAGGGUCACCAAAACGUGAAGUUACUUUACUUUAAGAUAAAGUGUUUGGUGGACAGAGGGUUGAUUUUAGUAGGACACAGCAUUACCAAGCAGCUCAAAUACCUGAACAUUCACAUACCCGCUCAACAGUACAUUGACACUGCAGAGCUCUACCGACCUCAGCACUCUGGAGCAAUACCACCACUACAGUUCCUUUGUCCGAGAAUACUAAAAGUAGAGAACGUGCCUGGGGCCCACAACGACGCUGUCUUCUCCCUUCAGCUCUACGAGAAGUUCUUAGACCUCAAACGUGCUGGGCAGUUCGAGAAAACUCUAAAAGCUAUACACUCGGAGUAGUCAUGUCACGUGACGUCAUGUCAUGUGUGAUGACGUCAUGUCAUGUGUGAUGACGUCAUGUCACGUGACAUGUGACGUCACCCUGAGGUGUUGUUGGCUAUGUUUUUAUGUUUGUGUCAGACUCUUUUAAUCUGCUGUAAAUUUCAACACGAGAGAGCUGAUCAGUGAGCAGUGGGAAUGUGCACACUAAAGCUGAGCGUACACCAAAACCCAGCUAGCUUUUGUUGUGGGGAGUCUCAGGGGCCGGUUCAAACCAUCCUUACACCUGAUUGACGUCCACAACAAUAUUACAAUGACAUGAUGAUUCUGGUAACAAUAAGACUCUUAACGCUCUGUAGUACAGUUAAAUGGUGUACACUUCCUGCUGGAAUCCUCAUCAUCAGAUGUAGAGUUGCUGUUAGUAACAGCUACAGUUUUAAAUUAUGACGUGCUAUGACACGUCACGUGUUAUAACGUCACGUGAUAAGAUGUCACGAGUUAUGACGUUAUGUGGUUGCUGUUUUAAAUGCAGUUUUCAACAUUACGAUGAUUUCCAUAUUUUUUGAUCUGACUUAGUUGCAUGCGCGGUUGGGGUAUUCAUCUGAGGUUAACAAUAUUUAUGUUUCAUAUUCUAAUAUCUGUGCUGACGUUCACCGUUAUGGCUGUUGUCCUAAAAAUUCUAACAUCAAUUUUAGUAACUCCUAAUCCUAAAAUCUACCUAAUAUAAUCUACCUAUAAUCUACCUUCAAUGUGGACAUUUAAUGUGCAUUUUGCAGAUCUGAAGUGAUCGUUUAUUAGACCGAGAAAUGGGAAUUCAAAUAAGAACUGACUGAUUAAGACCUGAUCUUCGCAAACACUUGACGAAUCAUGAUGUCUCACCACUGUUGAAAUACUGUGUCUCUAGAACUGUUGAGUGACAUAACGGGAUAGUUUCUUCUAAUGAUAGAGGGAAUGACCUCGUUAUCUGCGAGUUAAUUAUCAGAUUCUGAACUUCUGACCCUGAAAUUAUUUUAAACUUUGCUCAGCUUUGUAAACGGAAGUUACUCAAAUAGUUUUAUACUGAGUUGGUCUCUUUAACAUGGGAAUAACUCUAAAUCACUGAUAUGAAACUGAUUUUUGAUAUAUGCUGCGCAAGGUUAAAUGUGGAUUAACAUUGUUUUGAUUUUUAAUGAAAACCAAUUAUUUUCUACUAAUAAAU